UUCUCUUUUUUUUGAGAAAACGCGUCGUUUUACAGAAGUACUCACGACUCCAAAAGCAUUUGAAAAAAAUGAGAUCAUUACCAGUGGUAUUCCUUUUGAUAGCGAUUUGCGGGGCAUAUGAAAGUCCAGUCAAAUUAGAACAAACCUCUCUGAUACGCCAUAAACGUGACGUAAUCGAAGAUGUUUCCAGGGACAUAAUAUUAAUCGUUAAUAAAGUGGUUUCCUAUUCGUCGGAAGCGAUUUUGCACAUAGUUGAACUACUCAAAAGAUUUCUUGAAACUAUACAAAACACAACUGAGGACGGUACAAAUGAGAUUAUCAGGAAAGUAAACGAGAUUUUAAAGCAUAUAUUGGCGACAAGAUCUACAGUGCUAAACUGUAUUAAAACUCAUCGUAAUGAUAUAAACCACGUUGUCUCAGAGCUUACAAACAAAUACGUAACUUGUGUCGUAGAACACUUACCUGAAAGUGAAGUGAUUCCUGCGCUGCUUGAUAUUGCCGAUAAAGUAAUCACCGAUGUAACUGACGCUUUUGAAGAAUUUAAAAAAUGUUCUAAAAAAGAGGGUAUGCUCAAACUUCACAUUUGCUUGGCAAAAGUUGCUUUCCGUUUAGAAAAGAAAGCAUUUGUUUUGCUCAAAAUGGUCUUACACUUACUAAAACAGGGGAAAGUAAUCAAAUUUUUGACAUCAAUACCAGUAAUUGCAGUAGCUUGCGCUCCUAACUUAAUUGCUGCUGGAACCGGAACAGCCAAGAUCGUCUUGAACGUUGUAGGUUGUAUUAUGGCCCCUCCUAAUGCUGCAAUUAUCAAGAGAAAUCUAGUCCUGCUGUAUUAGAGUCUCCAAUUCUUGUUAAUGAAGUUGAAAUCUCAUAACUAAUUUCCUUAACUGAUAACAAACAUAUUCAUAUUAUAAAAUUAUAUCGUGACUAAAAGGAAAAAUUAUUACCAUCUACUGUAACCUGUGGUGCCAGGGCCCUUGAAUCGAAAAAUUACGUUUCGUUACCCGAAAAGUUAAUUUGUUUCUGCAAAAGUUACAUUUUUAAAGUUUAAAAAAAAUCUAACUGUAAAAAGAUCAAGUUAGAUUGAUUGAUUUAAUUUUUUUUGCGCCAUUUAUUUGUAAGUCAGUGGUCAUUUCUGAGAUACUUUAUUGUCUAAUUUUGGACGCGUUUAUAAACUAUUUAAGAUUUACAAUAGCAAGUAUAGUUGGAUUUAAAAAUCUCAAUGUCUUCAAAAGAUACUUUAAUUGCCUUAAAAACAAAAGUUACUUACACAUUACGUGAGUGGGUCACAAGGUCGAAGAUUUUAAGAAAUGUAACCAUCUGGCAACACUGACUACAACGCAUGAUACGUUCAAACGCACGUUGU